UCAGCUGGGAGCUCAGGUGGGGGACAGGAUGGUCCCACGGGCUGGAUGUGGCCCACAGACCAGAGUUGUUUGCCCAGCCACCCAGCCCUUUAACAGCCGGUUCACCACCCACAUCUAAUUUUAGCAACUGGUUCUUGCAAACCAGUGCGAACCGGCUCCAGCUCACCGCUGGUUGUCACCCUCUCGCUCUGACCCAGGGACUGUUUAAUUAUUUAGCCAGAGUGGAGCAGCGUGAUCAGAAGAGAUUGUGGGAUCCUCACAUCAGAAUAUCCCAGACCCCCGUGGUUAGGGCAGUCACCCGAGCAGUGGAGAUCACUGUUCAAACCCUUCCUCCCCAUCAGGCAGAGCAGGGAGCAGAACCUGAAUCUCCCAUGUGCCAGGCGAGUGCCCUAACUCCUGAGCUCAAAGUCAUAAAGGAGCCUCUCCCAGCACCUCCCCUGGAUAUUGUCAGGGACCCCAUCCAGAAGGGGUGCUCAGCGCACUCCUACAGGAUUGGGCCUCACCAACAAGAGAGGCUUUCCCCUGCCUGCCUUCUGGUUUGAGGCUCCUUCUGGGAUUUACACAUGAAGUAGGUUUGUGGACGCUUAGGGUGAGGCAGCAGCGCUCAAACUCAGGUACAGAGAAAUUUAGGAACCCUGGGAAAUUUUAUCAUAGAAAUGUUGGUGUUGAGUGAGUUCGGGUGUCUGCAGAGUUAAGGGCUGCCAGGCAGAGGUUUUCUGCAUUUCAGUGGGGCGGGAAGAGGUGGGGAAGGGGUGGAGUGGGGGCAGAGCAGGGGUCAAGCACCCCCAGGGAAAUUAGAAAGACAUCACCUCUGGGCAUUGUUAUUGGAGAGCGUGGGCUAAGCAGUCUGGGGAUUCUCAUGGGCACAGUCAGCUGCAAGUGACAUGGGCUGAGGGAUUCAUCUCUCAAGCCUCUCCCUAACAGCUCCUGGAGACCACUUCUAUUGGCCAAAAAUAACUGCAUGUCACGUGUGUCUGACUAAUGCCUGCAAUUCCCAGACAAUCCGUUCACCAGUAGAAACCUCAGCAUCAGUGAGAUCCUCUGCCUGAGCCCAUCCACGAGAACUGACAGCAUCUGGACGCCAUGAAACUGCAAGGCUGGUUAGAAGCAAGUUUACAACCAUGUAAUGAGUUUGCCUCACACAAGGGUAACAAUGAAUCUCCUCACAAUAGGAGUCAAGAUCUGUAACAAUAUUGUAUCUGGUUGCCCAUGAAGUAACCAGCGGCUUCCCCAGCAGCAUCUCUGCCCUGCAAGCCUUUCCCAUCGCAGCUGCAGCUCCUGUUCUGGCUCCAGAAGGCCACUCCCGAGAUUCCCUAUUAAAUCUGGUCUCAGAUCCACUCUGCCACAAUAGAGUCCUGGCUGCAGCGCCCAGCCACAGGAAACAGCAGCAGAAUGAAGGUGUGUGACUGAUGGCUCCAGAUCUCCAGCCAUGCGUUCUCCAGCAAAACAAGGAGCAGGGCCAGCCUUGCCCUUAAGGAAACUAAUUUCAUCUCACACCAACCAGCUGCAAGAAUGUAGGAAUUGCCCAGUGCACUGCAUUAAAUAGCUGCAACAUUGUAUCCAGCUGUAGGGCAGCCCCUGUAACCAGCCACAUCCCUGGAAGCUCUCCCUUCUCACCACAGCUGGAUUUCCAUGUCUGCUCCCAGGUGGCAGCUCCCCAGACUCUCCCAGGCCCCCUGUCCCCAGAUCCCCUCCUGCAGCCAGGCUGGACAAGUGGCCUGAGAGCCUUGGGGACAGGAGAUCUCUGGUUAGCCCAUCCCCUGUACAGUGCAGGAGCCCCAAUGCCAGCUCCCCUCACACCGGCUGCCAUCUGCAGAGAGCCAGGAGUCCCGGAGAGCUGGGGAGAGUGUGUAGGGAAACAGAAGCAGGAGCCACCAGGCUAAGAACCGGGGUGACGGCUGCUCUCUUGGCCAGUGCACCCAGCACUGAACCAGGGACCCCUAGAGCUAAAAGCACAGGCUGCCCCAGCUUAUGCUAAAUAUUCAACCCUUUGUAACUGUACCAGCUCCACACACACCCCAGUGGGUUACACAAGCACCAGAGAGACAUGGGUCUUAAGGAGGCUGAAGGCCAGGUAGGGAACAGGCAGUAGGAGUCAGCAGCUGUGAUUCUCGCCCUCCUUGCCAGGCUGCCCCAUCAGAUCCUCAUGUCAGGCUGUGAAACCCCCAAGUCGCUUGUUACCCCUUUUUGACUUAAGUGACUAGUCCAAAGUUUGGGGCCUGGCAGACAUUUUGGAGGAGCUGGUGACAAUUUAGACUCAUCACACUUCAUUCAAGGGCUCUUUACAGUCCACAAAAAAGAAAUCACAUGAGACCGCACCCAGAAAGGAAACAUCUAAUGGUACAAAGUUCAAUCAGCCCAUUUCUGAGGAGAAGGAAGUGAACCUAAACUCCUCUCUUGUCUCUUUCCUGCACUAGAGGUCAUGGCUGCUGCGAAUCCAGCAAAAAGUCUCCAGGAUGAACUGACCUGUUCUAUCUGUUUGGACUAUUUUAAAGAUCCAGUGUCUCUAGACUGUGAUCACAAUUUCUGCCGAGCCUGCAUCACCCAGUGCUGGGAGGGAUUGGCUACCAACGUCUCCUGCCCUCAGUGCAGAGUGACUUUUCCCCAGAGGAACCUCCGGCUGAACAGGCAGCUCAGGAAUAUUGUGGAAGCAGCCAGAGAACUCAGGUUGUCAUCAGGGAAGGAACCAGAACCAGAGAGACUGUGUGAGAAACACAAGGAGCCUCUAAAACUGUUCUGCAAAGAGGAUGAAAUCCCCAUCUGCCUGGUGUGUGACAGAUCCAAGGAGCACAGAGCUCACACUGUCAUUCCUGCAGAGGAAGCUGCCAAAGAAUUCAAGGAAAAGAUUCAAGCCCAUUUGAAGAUGCUGAGGGAAGAGAGAGAAAAGCUGCUGGGAUUGAAAGUGAGAGAAGAGAAGAGAAGCCUGGAAUAUCUGAAACAAACACAAACCGAGAGGCAGAAGAUCGUGUCUGAAUUUCAGCAACUCCGGCAGUUCCUGGAGGAACAAGAGCGACUCCUGCUGGCCCAGCUGGAGAAGCUGGACAAGGAGAUUGUGAAGACACAGAAUGAAAGUGUCAGUGAAGUAUCUGAGGAAAUUUCCCGUCUUGGUAACCUGAUCAGUGAGAUGGAGGGGAAGUGUCAGAAGCCAGUGACUGAAUUGAUGCAGGAUGUCAGAAGCACUUGGAGCAGGUCUGCGAAGGGGAAGUUCCAGCAGCCAGAGGAGAUUUCUCCUAAAUUAGAAUUAAGACUCAGUGAUUUCUCCCAGAAAACUGUUGCUCUAAUGGAGACUCUCAGGAAGUUCAAAGAGCAUGUGACUCUGGAUCCAGACACGGCUCAUCCCCAACUUGUCCUGUCUGAGGAUCGGAAAAGUGUGAGACGGAGGGACACACGGCAGAAUCUACCCAACAACCCUGAGAGAUUUGACUGUUGGGCCUGUGUGCUGGGCUGUGAGGGAUUCAGCUUGGGGAGGCAUUGCUGGGAGGUGGAGGUGGUGGAUGGGGGAGGCUGGGCUGUGGGGGUGGCCAGAGAGUCUGUGGGGAGGAAGGGACGGAUCAGCCAUAGCCCUGAGGUGGGGAUCUGGGCUGUGGAGCUAUGGGAGGGUCAGCUCCGGGCUCUCACCUCCCCUGUGACCCCCCUGCCCCUGAGCCAAGUCCCCAGCAGGAUCCAGAUUUGUCUGGACUGUGACCGGGGGCAGGUGACAUUUAUCGAUGUUGAUGACGAGGCCCCGAUCUUCACUUUCCCGCCGGGCUCCGUCCCUGAGGAGAGAAUCCACCCCUGGCUCUGGGUGUGGCUGGGAUCCCAGCUCACACUGUGUCCCUGAGCGGGACUGGGCAGGAAUAUCUCAUUGGGGAACCAGACAUUAACCUUUCUAACCUCACACAACCCAGUCUCUAUGACCUUGGAGGACUCCUGUUUACCCAGCUCCUGGCUCCUCAUCUCUAUGACCUGUGGAAGCCCCUCCUCUUUCUUGCAGUCUCAAAGAUGGGAGGGGGAAGAACCCCUGGGGCUGCAGAGGGGCCCUGAAGGGCUGAUGUGAGGGCUGGGCAGGACUAACAGCCAGGCUGGGACAGGUGCAGGUGGGG